GGGGGCGCUGUGCGGGGUCUCCCUGCCCUACCGGCUUUGACCCAUCCCGGCCGCCUUAGUGGGAGCUCCCGGCCCGGCUGUCGCCGCGGCUGCUUGGCCUCCGGAGGGGAUUCAGCGGAACGGCGGCUCCCCCGGGGACGGGAGAGAAGGGAGGUCACGCGCGUCGCCAGGGCAACCGCUCCCUCCCUCCCCGCCCGGGACCAUGUUCACCAGCACGGGCUCCAGCGGGCUGUAAAGAAAAUGAAGGUAGAAGAGAAGAGAAAGAAGAGAGAUGCUAGAGAUGACACAUGAGAGAAAUAUGGAGGGAAAUACAGGACAAAGGUGGAUGUAAAAAGAGAAAACUAGAUGAAAGAGAUCGAGAAUUUUAGAUGAUGCAGAUGCAUUCUUGUGAACUAUGCUUCAGAUUAAAGCCUGUAUAUUCAUUGAAUAUAUUUGUAGUUAGUCUACUUGAACAGUGCAAUCUGUGGAAUGUUGCAUGCACAAGAGAUAAAGCUCCUCUGUCAAAGGGCCUCUUAAUAAUACCAAGCACCUUCUCACUACUGCUGGCUCUACUCUUUCAGCAUUAUCAAAAGUUCUUUACCUACAAUCUGCAAGCAGUAAAAGAGGAAUUUCAGAUUUGGAGGCUGCUCUGUGGGCGAACAGUGUGUCUUGAUCUUAAAGACACUUUCUGCAGUAGUUUGCUUAUCUACAACUUCAGGAUAUUUGAAAGGCGAUAUGGCAGUAGAAAAUUUUCAUCAUUUUUGCUGGGCUCCUGGAUGCUAUCAGUGAUGUUUGAUUUUGUCCUGGUAGAAGCUAUUGAAUAUUCUUUUGGCCUCAGCAUCAACAGCUUGCCUUCAGGAUUCUUGGGCCCUGUAUUUGCUCUUUUUGUACCAUUUUAUUGCUCCAUUCCAAGAGUGCAAGUGACACAAAUUCUAGGACAAUUUUCCAUCACAAACAAGACGCUGGUUUAUAUAUUGGGUUUGCAGCUUUUAACUUCUGGGUCUUACAUCUGGAUUGUGGCCUUAAGUGGGCUGAUUUCUGGAAUGUGCUACAGUAGUAGUCUUUUAAAAGUGUACCGUGUACUUUGUGUGCCCACUGGCAUAGCAAGGAUAUUUGCUUGGACUCUUGAACCAAUUUUCUCAUCUGUGGAGCCAUCUAAUGAGUUUGGAGUUGGAAUGGGAGCAACUAUUGAUAUACAGAGGCAACAGCGGAUGGAGCUACUUGAUCGACAGAUCCUGAUGUCACAGUUUGCUCAGAUGAGGCGGCAAAGACAAGGUGGAAUAAUUAAUUGGAAUCGUUUCUUUCCUCCUUUACGUCACCGACGUAAUGCAAAUUAUUUGGAUAAUCACCCAACUGAGCAUGAGGUACGGCCUCCAGCUGAAGUUUCUGAAGAACAGGUUGCCCGACUCAUGGAAAUGGGAUUUUCUCGAGUAGAUGCUUUGGAAGCUUUGAGAGCUUCUAAUAAUGACCUUAAUGUAGCCACCAACUUUCUGCUCCAGCACUAAUGAAUUGAAUACCUGCAGUGAAGAACUUAAAUUGACACAUGUGCUGUGCUUUCCAGAGGGCUGUAAACAACUGCAGGGUAGACACUUGAAUGUUUAAAUCAAGAAAAAGAAGCUGUCUCUUCACAUGCAAUAUAUUACUGCAGAAAAGAUGGCUGGCACUGGAAAUAUCUUUCCUUUGAAUGGAGUAUACUAGCCAGGUUGCACUGGAAAAGUGUUUGAAAUCAUAAACAUAUGUUAUAUAUCAAUAUUUAUUUUGCAAAAUCGGGUUUGUGUGUUCCCCCACUCCCCAAAUCAGCAUUAAAUGUUUGAUCCUCAUAACAAGGAAAUAGGAAAGUUUUUUUAAAAAAACAACUCCUUUUGCCAAAAAAACAGGUCUUUUGUUUCAUUUUCAUUUUCUUAAUUUUUUAAAAUACUACCUUUCAUUCAUUUCCUUUAUCAAAGCUUUAAGAAAUGUGCAAAAUUCCUUGGCCAUGUAAUUUCAAUAAAGGGAGAAAGGACUGAAA